AGAGAGGGAGAGAAAGAGAAAAAAUACGUUGGAAAGACGUGUGAACGUUAUUUUGUUUCCUCUCGUGCACUGACGUUCCUCUUUGCGAAAUUGCGCGAUAUAAGUAAUUAGCCGCGGCUCUAUUAUAUCGGAUUAUCCGGUGGCGAGAAUGCAGAAUUGCCGAUUAGAUGACAAUGAAGUCGACAUUCCGAUAUUUCGUUCGGAAGAAGGACGUUAUUUGGCAUCGUCAUUGGGCGAUCCCUUGAUCAAGGGACUGACGGAAGUUGCGAAUGCGCGGCCAAAGGAUCCGGUCACGUAUCUCGCGACGUACUUGUACAACUUUGCCAGCCAGAAUAAAACGAAUGGACAGGAAUCCGACGUUCUCAUUAUACCCGAUCGCGAAGAGGAGAACUUGGAAAAUGUCGAGAACGACAAUUUCGACGAGGACGCCGGCUAUCCGCAAAGUCCAGAUUCGGACAUACCUGAGUCUACAUUCAGCAAUCCUAAUCGAGACGAACACGGGCAAAGCAUGAUCCACUUCGCGACCGUCCGCUCUUACUCGAAGGACGGUUUGUACCAUCUGCUGCUGGAGACGCAGGUAAACGUCGGUUUCAGGGAUGAGCUAUAUCGGACCGCCAGAGACGUCGCCGAACAGGCGAAUAUCCGAGGGAACGUCGACGAGAUCGAUCGCUACGUGGUUUAUUUAGCGGCGAGAGGUGAGACGGCGAAAUUGGUCGAACUUUUGUUGGAGGGCUACGAUCAUAUCUUGGACACCGAGGACGAGGGAGCGAACAUUAUAGACAUCGCCGCGGAAAGGGGCCACGACGCUACCGUACAAUUUCUGCAAUCGAUCCCUAAUUACGUGAAUCAACGCGAAGAGGUGCACGCCGCGAUUCGCAGCGGCGAGGAAGAUCGCGUGAAGGAACUUUUGCAUAAGAACAAUGGAGGUGGAAAGUUGCUGGCCGUCGGGAAAAACUCGAUCGGCCGCUGCGCCCUGCACAUCGCCGUGCUCCGAGAGCAAGAAGAGCUCGUCAGAUUCAUCGCGAGAACGUAUCCGGAAACGUUGCGCAUCGGCGAUAACUUGGAGAGGACCGCUCUUCAUUAUGCGAUGGGAGUGCCGUCCGUGGAAGUCUUAAGUAACGUGUUAAUUAAGGCAGGCGCGAAGCGUAUCGUUAAAGACCUGAAAUCCCGGCAACCUUCGUAUUACUUUAUGAACAAGUCUGACAUUGAGAGACUUCAGGAAGAGGAGAAAUCCAUGACAUGAGUCGUACGAUAACGAUAUUCGCACAGAUUUCGCAAUUGCACAUUCACAUACUUUAUUAUAAUCCAUCAAGAUGUACGUUGUGUGAGACAAGGUCGACGAGGAAAUGAAAGAUAAUGAGAAUCGACGAGAUUCGGAGAUCAGGAAGAGAAGCCGAAUGGAGAACUCUCUUUAUUUGUCCAAUGAUUCUUGUCAAGAAUCCAACAAACCGACAGAUAAAAUAUUUCUGAAUUUAACAAUAUUUUACAAACUUUUGAACUUUUUUUUUUAAUGAAAAGAAAAAAACCAAAUCUCUUGAUAUUUUCUCCGUUCCUAUAGCGCUCUCGGCGACCCUGUUGAGCUACUUAAGCGUUAGUCCGACAAAUAAUUGAAAAAUUGUAUAGAUUCAUAACAUGUUU